CGCGACUUCACUUCCUCGCCGUACUAGGCCGAAGCACAGAGACAGCGCCCGGCGGUUCGGCACUUCGGCCAUGCGGCGAUCAGAGUGGGAGGACCGGUGCAAUCGGCACCCGGACCACCGCACGUCCAAAGGCGUCUGCCCGUACUGCCUCCGCGACCACCUCGCGCGCCUCUCCGCCUCCGCCUCGGCGGCCCCCACCACCAGGCGCGCCUCCUCAUCCUCUUCCUCGGCGACCACAUCCGCGUGCUCCUCCGGCGGCUCGUCCCCGCCGCGCCACCGCGCCGCGCUCUCCGCGGACGUCAGCUCGGUCCACGUUGUCGCCGGCUCCUCCUUCGCCGACGCCGCCUCCUCCUCCUUCGCCGACGCCGCCGCCUUCUCGCAGCCGCUGAUGCCGACCUCUGCUAGUAAGAAGCCGCCGCCAACGGCGGCGGCGGCAGCGGCAGGGAGGCGAGACGAGGCGGCGCAACCGGCGAGGGGGAAGGCGGAGGUGAGGAGGAAGAAGAUCGGGAGGUUCCUGUCCAGGCUCGUCGGGGCGGAGAAGCGGCGGCACACCGGGGACGGCGGCGGCGAGCUCGUCCACUCCAAAACCAUGAAGGAGAAGACGGCGUUCAAGUGGGUGUUCUUCUGAAUUCCACCAUCUCAGACCAGAUGCCACCACCAUGCACACACGCUCGAGGACCAGUUUCCUCGAUCGGUCGGUAUAUAGUUCCCCCUCACGUACUUUUGUGCUUAAAUUAAUCUGCAGUUUUAGCACGGUUUCUUUUCUAUUGUGUACACGAGAACUCUAAGCCAAAACCAUUGACCAUUCUGUACUAUUUGGGAUUUUUUCUUUGGGAAAAAGGUUAUAUGAG